GCGAUCGACCGACGUAUCCCCGCCGGCCACGCUCUCAAUCCGUCAGGUAUGGUAGUCAAGGAAGAUGGGACCAAAUGGGCAUGCCAAUCGUGCCUAAAGGGUCACCGUGUCAGCGGCUGCACCCAUACAGACAUACCAGACCGUGAGCUCUUCUUUGUCCCCAAGAAGGGCCGCCCCAUCACCCAGUGCCCACACUGCCGCGCCGAACGCAAGAAGCGCUCAUCCCAUGUCAAGUGCGAUUGUGGAGAGAAACCCCACACCAAAGAGAAAUGUAUCCAUCUGCGCGAGGCCGAAGCCAAAGCUGCUGCUGCCGCUGCCGCUGCCGAAUCUGGCGUACCUAUGCCUNNCCCCCCUUCCGCCUCUGGAGAACAUCACUCGCCUGAACUCUACCCCGUUGCUGAAGAAUCCCCGCUAUCCGACGAAUAUCGUUGCUGCUGUCCCCACGGUGGGAAGUGUGUUUGCUCAACCCUCAAGGAAUCGUCCCCUGAAGACGCUAAGGACCACAAGGAGCCUGUCGAGAAGUCGCCCAAGAAGGAUGCUGUCAAGGAAACAUCAACCGUACCUAAGAAGUCGCUGAGCCAACGCAAGCCACGACUCACUUCGCACCAGUCCGAAGGUCAUCUGACCGUCUUUGCCAACGGCCACCACAAACCAUGCCAUCGCAACAACAAUGCUGCUCAUGAAUCUGGUGCUCCUUACAAGCUGCCUCGCUCGCAUACCACUCAACCCAUCUCGGCCAAGAGCAAUGCUCGCCGUUCAAUAGACAGCCUUGCUUCAGUCGCCUCGAGCCAGCCACACUCUUGGUUCCAGCCAAACAUGUCCGCCCAGCCGUCGACCACCAAUUCUGGUCAAGCUUCGCCAAUCUCCGCCAUUACCAUGCAGGCUGGAACCAUGCAACAAGAGCGCAAGCUCUCGAACGACAGCCAGCCUCAAUACCCUGUCGCAAGUGUCUCAUCAAGUGUUCCGACAUCCAUGUUCGCCGACUUUGGCUUCCCUAGCACCUCGUCCAUUGGUACCACCACUACUGAAGCCUCUAUGCCAUCGUUCUCCUUGCCAAGCUCUGACCUCGGCAUGAACACCGACUUUUGGAACAACUUCGACUGGUCCAAGGUUGACACUACUUCCUUCGAUGUUCAGCCUGCUCUGACAAAUACUUCUUCUGGCACCAUGUCUGAAGUCGACGAGAUUCCAGCUACUGAGGAGAUCAAUCCUUUCGACAACAAUCCUUACCAGAUGAGCAUGCAAGGUCUCGUAGGCACUAGCGUCAACAACAGCACCAACAACUUUGAUCUUGACUUUGCUGUCGCUGCUGGACAGUCAAAUCGCUGGAGCAUGCCUGGCUACUCAAAUCAGAACACAAGUAACAUCGAUCUGGCCUCAAUGACUGCUGACACCUUCGCGAAGCCCAAGCAGUCUCCUGACCAGUCCAUGUCCCUUGGUCAGUUCUCUGGUUUCGACUUGGCUUCUUCUGUUCAGUCUCAGUCUCCUGCGCAAUCCAACUUCCAGUGGGACACGGCUCUCAUGGAUUAUGCUAUGGGCAACAAUACCGAUAACAGCGCCUCGCUUGCAUACUCGGUCGCCGGUUCUUCAGGCCCCUCAAUGGCUCCAACUGCCGCCCCUUCCCCCAAGUUCAACGCAGACAAUUCAAGCGUCAACGACCAAUUCUUCGACUUUGACACUGGCUCAAAACUUGUCAACUGGAAUGACAGCAUCAUGGUUCCUGCCGGACAAGACUUUCUCAACACGUACAACUACGAUCAGAACUUCUCGACAAAUGAUUUCAACAGCCAGGGCUGGACAAGCUAA